AUAGUUAAAUUACGUAUGCUCUCUGCUAGAUCCAACAAAAGCUGGCCGCUUCUUAAUUAAUUAUGCGUUCGCCGGUACCGCAUGCCCGUUUGCUGGAUCAUGAAUCAUUGAUAAUUUCUACUGCUACAACACUGGUCUACGGAACUUGUCUGAUAGGCCGUCGCAUAGCUGGUUCUAUGAUGACGGAUACUAAUAACGGUAUUAUUCUUGCUAUUCGACUAUUUAAUGUGAGUAUAGGUACGUUGAGUCUAGAGGUCGGCUUAAGGCACGGAGAGAAACACGAAGAGCAGGCGGAAUAAUUCGCCCAUAACCCUAUAACAAAUGACACGCGAGCAUCAUUGGGGCAAGAGGCCUCGCCAGAACACACGAGGCGUCUCAGGGCGGCUAUAUAAGAAAAGCGAAAACGCCGGGAUCGUCUCAAGGGCCUUGGGCUACUUCUGGCAUAAGAGCCACGAGAAGCAACAGUCGCCACCACCGCAGCCCAAUGCGAGACAGUCGGACCGGAUGGCGAACUAUGAGAUUACACACCAUCCAGACCGGCCACCAUCUGACAGGAGGGAAAUGCCGGCUCUUAGCGAAUUUGAGUAUGCGGCAAGGAUCGAGAAGAUACAGAUACAAAACCUAAGGCACUACGAAAUACCGGGGAACAGGGCCCGUUAUAGUCCGCCAGGCUCGGGAGUAGGCCGGCCGAACGUUGCCAUUUCGCCUAGGUACGAUGGUGGCAGCGUCGUCUACGACGGAAGGUCGAGCUUCGAGCUUCGAGCGGAGGCCGAGAGAGAGUGGCUGUCCUUUGGCGAGUGGGCCGCGCCAGCUGAGAGAUCCGACGGCGCUGAGAGUCCGGUUGUAGGACAUGCGGCAUCGCCCGGGUCUGCGACGAUCCAGGUGUAUCGCGAGAGUGAUGCCAACCGGGACUCCGUCGUCGGAUAUCCCGCAGAGCGUGAGGAGUCGUUCCUGCUGCCCGCCAUGACAUUCCGCCCCAGCGAGCCACCUCCGCCGAGAAGCACGUGGGAAUUGGGAGGAGAAUAUGAAUGGAGCAGUCGGAUCGAGUUCCAUAGAGCCCAGGCGGCGGCAGCACUCGAAGCCGGCCCGCGGCCUACCUACGCCACCUCGUGUAAUAUAACGCGGAAGACUACGCUGAGUUUGACGGAUAUCGCGCACUUCAGAUCCCCACACGAGGUGGGCUAUCCGGCAGCAUUCGCUGCGGAUAACGACUUCGAUCUAACCGAUGAGGUUAUAGACGAGCCAUCGUACACCUACGCGGCACCGCCGGUGCUCCUCUGCCCGGCUCCAGGAUGCAACGCCGUCCUCGCGAUGACCAAGGAAAAAAUCGAAAACUUAUGCAUCAGCUGUCUCGCGACUUACCGGCAGUACGCGCCCCUCGACUCUCCCGUCUCACCCCCGCAUUCGCGCUUCGCGUCACCUCCUUACACGCCCACCCCCUACAGCUCCGACGGCGACGCUCCCAGCAUCGCCCAUGCCCAGGCCGGGUCCAGGCUUAGCCUCGUAGAGCACCUGCGGGCCGCCAAGUCCCGCGUCGCGGCAGCGUCGCGACUCAGCUGCUGGCUCCGCGACAGCUUCAGGCUCCAGCCGCCGCCCGCGAGCAAGCUGUGGCGGCCGCUGCGGCGGCAGCAGCAGCAGACGGAGCAGCAGCGCGAGGUGGCCGGCAGCGAUAGCGGGGAAGGUCGGAGGGAGAGAGUGGGCUACACGGUCUCGGAGAUAUCCUCCUCGCCGUCCCCGGAACCCGGGUCAGCUAACAUGGCCGGCGAGCUGGACGACGCGAGCAGCGACGGCAGCAGGCAGCUGGGCUACUUGCUGGAGCGGCUCCGCCGGCUCGACUCGGACCCCUGCCCGAGCGCCAGGCGGUUUACCAUGAAGCCGCCUUGCCCCUUGCCUCUGUGCUCGGUUCCGUACCUGCCUCCUCCUUCUCCUCCUCUCAGCAGCGGCACCAUGCCCGUCGCCGUCCUUGGCUCUCCGCCGCGAGAAGAAGACGAGGACGCCUGGGCGGAGGACGAGGAAGAAGAAGGAGAAGCCUGGGCGGAGGACGAGGAAGAAGGAGAAGACACCUGGGUGGAGGACGAGGAAGAAGAAGGAGAAGACUCCUGGGUGGAGGACGAAGAAGAAGAAGAAGAGGAGGCAUGGGUGGAGGACGAAGCGGGGAUGCGGGUGAGCGUCGUGAGUCGCGGGUACAGCGACGUCAUCGACGAGAUCAUCGACUGCUACCUGUCGCCGGAGACGCCGAACGCCGAGGUGCGCUGGCGCCGCAGGUCCGCAGCCGUCCAGUCGUACUUCACCGAGGUGUCUGAGGAGUUCGAGAGUUGGCGCUGGGCGACUCGUCGAGGAUCCCGGGCGGCGUAACCGGCCCUGGCAAGGAAAAGCGGAGAGGAGAGAGAGAGAGAGAGAGAAGAAGAGAGACGAGGAGACGAGGGAGACGAGGGAGUGAGCUAAUUAAUAAAUAUUCGUAAUGUCUAGUUAUAAUAUGUCUUGCUUAAUUUAUGGUGUCGACUGAGAAGAGGGGUAAUGGCAUACGGAAGAGAAAGUGAGGACGAGUACGUUGAGCUAU